UCAUACAAAUAACAGGAAUAAUCCUGAAAAAUGGCAAUACGUUACCAUUUGCAAGUAAACAGGAAUUUGAAGGCCUUUCAGCUGGUAGCCAUUUGGAAGAUAUCUGCAACAAGCUCCGAGCCACAAUUUCAUCAAACAUAGGGGGGACAAACGAUACAAUUGGAUGUAGUCUUUCUUCAUUAACUGGCCGACCCGGAAGCAAUCACGUCAUUGUCAACCUAGAGACCAAAGGAUCAGUUGAAUCACACAAAUUUGCAUCGGAAUUGUUUGGGGAGUGUGAAAAACGGAGGACUAACUUAAACGUCAUGAACUUAAACCUUCAACAACCGUUCGGUAAAUUCAUCUUACUUGUUCAAAUGAAUUUUGUAAAGUUUACGUUUUGUCUUACUUCAACCAUCUUCGUAAAACAAUUGCGUUGCACUAACUAA